AUUUCUUGAUGAUCUCUGUCUUGGGCGCGAGAGACGGGGGAAGCAGGGAUGAGUAACGCCAACAUCAACGCCGUGUUCUAUGCGGACACGUACCACCCGAUUCAAGCCGGGAGCAUCGACGGCACUGAUACCCUCCCCCACGACAACGCCGUCUACCGCGCCGUCCUCUGCUCCGCCGCCGGACUCUAUGACCCGUUCGGCGAUCCCAAGGUUAUCGGUGAUCCCUACUGCACGGUCUUCGUCGGGCGGCUCUCGCGCUUCACCGAUGAAGAAACUCUACGAAAGGCGAUGAGCAAGUAUGGAACGGUGAAAAAUUUGCGACUUGUGAGACAUAUAGUUACUGGUGCCUCACGUGGCUAUGCUUUUGUUGAAUAUGAAACUGAGAGGGAGAUGCGUCGUGCAUAUGAGGAUGCACAUCAUUCUUUGAUUGAUGAUUAUGAAGUUAUUGUUGACUACUACCGGCAACAUCUGAUGCCUGGAUGGAUCCCAAGAAGAUUAGGAGGGGGACUCGGAGGCAAGAAGGAAUCUGGUCAACUUCGGUUUGGAGGUCGAGAGAGGCCAUUUCGAGCACCUUUACGCCCAAUUCCAUAUGCCGAUUUACAACGGCUUGGUAUUCCACCUCCACCUGAAGGGCGAUAUAUGUCACGUUUUCAGGUUCCAUCGCCGCCUAGGUGCAGAAGCAGCCAUGCAGACAUGGACGAUUCACCUGCUCGGCAGAGAAGAUCUCGUGACAAGGAAGAACCCGCUCAUAGGCGACAUAGGAGAUCAGCUGAUAGAGAUGAUUCCUCUCACAAGCAUCAUAAACAUAAACAUCGAGAACAUUCGCAUCAGCAUAAGAAGAGAUCGACAAGCAGAGAUUACGAUUUCUUAGAUCAUUGACUAGAUGCCUAACAUGUUAUCCUUAAUGGUCCUUCGAUCUUGGACCUUUGUUCAGAGAUCAAUUCCUUGCGUACUAUUACAUUCUGCACAUACAUGUCCGGUGACAGGCAAAUCUUUGAUUGAUUUUGAAGUUCUUUCUUGUUGUACUCCUCAAGACUAGGUUGAUCUUUUGGAUGUUCUGAAUCACACCAAA